UGGUGGUGGUGCUGCUGUCGCGCGGCGUCGCGCGGCUGCCGCUGCCGUAAAGCGCGUGUCGCCGCGCCGUAAAGCGCGCGGGGGAGGUGUCGCGCUGAGAUGGCGGCGGGUGGGCCCGGGGCCGGGGCCUGAGCCGCGCCGGGAGCAGCUUUGGGGUCCCAGGGCGGCCGGACCCUGCGCUGCCAGGCUUUGCCCCAUCUGUUUCAUCGCCUGCCAGCGAACAUCUGGCCCCGGAGCCACCGCUCAGAAGAGCUGAGCCGGGCCGGCGUGGGAAGGACGUGGUGGGAACGCGGGCACGAGGCCGCAUCCUGGCAUGCUGGGGCCGUGAAAUCGGGGCAAGGCAUCUGGCAGGGUGAGCGCUCCAGAAGACACGAUGUCGGAUAAAGGGAGCAGCAUGGAGGGGAAGACGGACAUAGUGAACGGCAGCCUGUCCAGCAGCCCAGAGGAGAUGUCAGCCGAGGAGGGCCGGGAAACAUCCUCUGGCAUCGAGGUGGAGGCCUCAGACCUCAGCCUGAGCCUGACGGGAGACGAGGUGGGGCCCAACCGCACCAGCACGGAGAGCCGGGACACGGACACGGAGAGCUCGGGUGAGGAGAAGGACUCGGACAGCAUGGACGACACGGGCCACUACUCCAUAAACGAGGAGAGCCGCGCCAUGGACCGGUCGCACUCGGAGGAGGAGGAAGAGGAGGAAGAAGAGGAGCAGCAGCGUUCCCACCGCCGCGCCCAGCGCAAGCGCGCCAACCACGAGCACGACUCUUCAGACGACGAGCAGGCCCUGGAGGACUGGGUCUCCUCGGAGACCACGGCGCUGCCGCAGCCGCGCUGGCAGGCGAUCCACGCCCUCCGGGAAAGGGAGCUGGGCUCCAGCUCCCGCUUCGUCUACGAUGCCUGCGGAGCCAGGGUCUUCGUGCAGCGGUUCCAGCUGCAGCACGGCCUGGAAGGGCACACGGGCUGCGUCAACACCCUGCACUUCAACCAGCGCGGCACCUGGCUGGCCAGCGGCAGCGACGACCUCCGGGUGGUGGUGUGGGACUGGGUCCGGCGGCGGCCGGUGCUGGAGUUCGAGAGCGGCCACAAGAGCAACGUCUUCCAGGCCAAAUUCCUCCCCAACAGCGGCGAUUCCACGCUGGCGAUGUGCGCACGGGACGGCCAGGUCCGUGUUGCCGAGCUCUCUGCCACCCAGUGCUGCAAGAACACCAAGCGCGUGGCGCAGCACAAGGGAGCAUCCCACAAGCUGGCCCUAGAACCGGAUUCUCCAUGCACUUUCCUAUCAGCAGGUGAAGAUGCUGUAGUCUUCACCAUCGACCUGAGACAAGACCGGCCUGCCUCGAAACUGGUGGUGACGAAGGAAAAGGAGAAGAAGGUGGGUUUGUACACCAUCUACGUGAACCCUGCCAACACUUUCCAGUUUGCUGUGGGGGGCAGAGACCAGUUUGUCCGGAUUUACGACCAGCGGAAAAUAGAUGAGAACGAGAACAAUGGUGUGCUGAAGAAGUUCUGCCCUCACCACUUGGUGAACAGCGAAUCCAAAGCCAACAUCACCUGCCUGGUCUACAGCCACGACGGCUCCGAGCUGUUGGCCAGCUACAACGAUGAGGACAUUUAUCUCUUCAACUCCACGCACAGCGAUGGGGCCGAGUACGUCAAGAGAUACAAGGGGCACCGCAACAACGCCACCGGUGAGGGACGGUGUCGGGCCUGGGGGGCUACCCUGGGAGGCUGCUGGGCUCCCACUGCCUCCACAGCCCCUUUCCCCAGCAGCGAGGGGGGUCGGGGGGCUAUGGAUUGGGGCGUCCGUGUCCUCGUGCUGGCAGCCAGAACUCGGGGCCAUCCGUGGAGCCAACCCGGAAGAAUAAAUCACCCGCUUUUAGCUCUUUUCUGCAGCCCCCGGUGUUUCGUUGUCUUCCUCCUUUCACACAAACUCCGGGGCUUGCAAAGAAUGAGCCAUUGUGUGUCCGGGGAAGGAAGAGAUCGCGCCGGUAACCUGGAAAACCCGCUGCCUGCCAGGCAGGAUGGGAACUGGUGGGAAUUGGCUCCUGACAGCCUUGGGCCCGGCCCGGGGUGGGCGGUGACAGCGGCGCUGCGGGCUCAGAGGGCCCCGGGGCGGCGGUGA